AUGAUCAUAAUAAAAUAUAUAUAAUCAUAUAUAUAAGGAUCAAUAAUUUCCCUUAAGUUUCUGUUUAUUAUUAAUUUAAGCUUUAUUCUUGUGCAGCCAAAGCAAGCUAAGUCAUUUUUGCAUCACUCCACAAAAUCUAUACAAAAGUAAAUCCAGGUUCGUUACAUUAACAAUAAGGUACUGGUCUUGAGGUAGUUAUUUAUUUGUAUUAGCAUCCUUAAUUAUUGUAUUCUAAACUAUAAACUGAAUUAGAUUGUUUUAUCUAGAUUAAUUAUAAAAAGGGAUACUUAAAAGCAUCCAAGACCAAUAACAUCUUACAUUUUCAACAAUGGCUCAUAAUCAUAAUUUGGAACAUAAUGCCAAUAAUGAAACUCAGAGGAAGGAGGGAAAUAGAUUUCUCCAUAUUUAUCCAUAAAUUAACAAUAAGUGACAGUAGAAUUGUAAAUAAAUGUGGAAUUUAAAAAUGAAUCUAACAUAUCAUUAGAAACAGCCAGCACUAGUUUA